AAAAAACCUCACAGGCAUGCCCAUCCACUUGGGUUUUAGUUCAUUCCAGAUCAGUCAAGUUAACAACCAAGAGAAACCAUCACAGGGAGCAAACUUAGAAAUAGGGAAGGGAAUAUGUGGAUGGCUCUGCGGGGCUCACAAUAGGCGGUUCCUUGGAGGCACUGAACUUCUAGUGUACCUCUGGGUCACUUUUCGGGUUGUAUAUAUAUAUAAAUAUAAAUAUGUAUGACACUUUCCCUAUCUCAGAUGUCUCAAGGGAAACUGACACUAGUUGAAGGAGGCCCAACCUGGUAGAAUUAUUUCCACUUCCUCCUCCCUCCAGCCACAAGUUAAGCAGUCUUCUAGGAAUUGCUGGUCAUCCUGGGGGUAGACAGGGCAAGGCUGGUGUUUCUCACUUCAGUUCCUCUGUUCCCAUGAAGCCCGGGUGGGCAGGGGACCCCGAGCAAACAAGGAGUCUCUGGAGCAAGGGGCGGGGAUGUGUAAUGGUGAGCCUGUCGGGAACCCCCAGUGAGGGGCUGGGGUGAGCUCAGGGGUGGAGCCUCUGCCUAAUGUUAGUGAUCCUGAAUUCCAACUCCAGCAAGAAACCCUUCCCGAACAAGGAAGGGAAUUUUACCUUUUCAAAAAUCUGUGUUAUUGUAGUUUUCAAGGUCAGUUCUUGAGUGUUAGUAGCCACAACAGAUCAGGCUUAGCCACGGUCAACCUCCAUAGACCAAGUAAAGACAUGAGAAAGAGGGAAAUUUAAGGUAAUUUGGUCGCACUGGGAAGAGAAACAAUAAAGAGGUUCAGUGACCCUCAAGUCCAUCUUCAGGGUCCUGAUAUGAAGCUGAGAGAGGACAAGAGCUGUGGGCGGCUAAGCCGUCCUGGUCACCCUGUGGUACUGCCCAUCACUGACACAUCCUUGUUUGGCCCACAAGGUGUUCCAAUAAGUUGUCAAAACCGGAUUCUUCCUGGGUAUGAGUUCAUCCUAUAGACUUCAUCUGGACUUUAGCUUUUCCAUUGCUCAACAUGGGAGACCUGUGGAAAUUUUAAUUCAUUGGGGAUACUUUGUCCCCAAAAGUCUGUUAGCCAGAUGGAGGUCACAAGCAUCUCUCUCUAACUCCUCUCCUGCUAGAUGCACUAUAUUGGAUUUCCAUUUGACAAUCUUCUGUGCCAAGUCCCAGUGUACCUCAGCCACCAUUUACCCAGGAGUCUUUCCCCACAGAGUGAGACUCCCCUCUGUGGCCUUGGUGUAGUUUUGCUUUUUCUGUGUUUGGUUUGGUUUGGUUUGAGGGUUUGGUUUGCAUGUGUUGAGACAGGUUCUGCUGAAGCCAAGGCUGGGCUGAAACUCAUUAUGUAGCUGAGGUUGGUCUUGGAGUCCUGAUCCUCCUUGCCUCCUAUUCCUGAGUGCUGAGACGGCAGGCCCAUUCUACCAUGCACACUCUAUGCGGUGCUGGGGAUGGGUCCCGGAGCUCUGCACGUGCGAAGCAAACACUCUCCCAAGCCAGCUCCAGCUCCAGCUCCCUUGGUGGGUUAACAGGAAGAAUGUUCACAUCCACCCCUUCAGAGCAGCUGUACACUCAGGCUGCACCUCCUCCACCGAUGCCCUGGCUGUGAGACGCUCCAGGGACCUGAGAGCCAUCUCCCACUGGACAGUGGUGCUUUGGGAACAUGACUUAUGUCACUGUACAGAGAGGGUGUGCCCAUGACAAACUGCUAAGGGAGGGGGGAGCAUGCAUCCCCCAAAUCCCUCUAGAUCCAUCACCAACUCCACAAUAUCAGCCCCAGGGGAGGCUCUGGGUGAAGCAAACCCAUUUUCACUGGGCAGGAAAUGUCACUCAAAGGCCAAGGCUAGCACACACAGGGAGAAGAUGGAAUCAGGCCCUACAUGGGAGAGGCAGUCGCCUUUUUUUGGCCUCCGGAGUAGAUCUGGGUGGUGGGUGGCUGGUCUUCAAGAAGCAAGGGUCCUGGCAGUGGCUGGGACUGAAGCUCCUCCUCCCAAGGCAGCCACUGUCCUGGCCUCACCCCUGCUUCGGGUGGGGCUUCCUCCAGGCCUUGCAGCUCCUAGUUCCUCAGAGAAGAGCCCAGACAGACAGACUUCUGGUGGCCCUGUGUGUCAGCUUGACAUGCUGCUGCUGCUGCUGCUCUGGGGGGUGAAGGGGGUACAGGGUGGGAAUGAGGCCAAGGAGGGUUUCACCCUGAGUGUGGAAAGGGAGAUAGUGGUUCAAGAGGGCCUGUGUGUCUUUGUACCCUGUGAGUUCUCCUACGCCAGGGAGAAGUGGACUGACUCAGACCCGGUUCGUGGAUACUGGUUCCGGGAUGGAGACAAGACAGAUCGUGAUCCCCCAGUGGCCACAAAUAACCCACAUCGGUCAGUACUGAAGAGGACCAAGAACCGGUUCUUCCUGAUCGGAGACCCACAGAAGAAUAACUGCUCCCUGAACAUCAGAGAGACCAGGAAGAAGGACGCCGGGUCAUACUUCUUUCGCCUGGAGAGAGGACAAACGAAGUUUAAUUAUCUUUGGAACAUGAUAACUCUGCAUGUGACAGCCCUCACUGACACCCCCUACGUGCUUAUCCCGGAGACCCUGGAGGCUGGCCGUCCCAGCAACCUGACCUGCUCUGCGCCUUGGGCCUGUGGGUCCCCCACCUUCUCCUGGGCCGGUACCUCUGUGUCACUCUCCAGUACCAACACCAAUGGCUCCUCAGUGCUGACUGUCACCCCCCAGCCCUGGGACCAUGGCACCAACCUCACUUGUCAGGUGACCCUGCCUGGAUCUGGUGUGACCACAAGAACGACCAUCAUUCUCAACGUGUCAUAUGCUCCAAGGAAUCUGACUGUGAUCAUCUAUCAAGGAGCUGGCCCAGAAUACAUAGCCGUGGAGAACUGCUCAUCUCUUCCCAUCUCUGAGGGCCAGUCUCUACGCCUCUUCUGUAGUACCGACAGCAAUCCCCCUGCGAACCUGAGUUGGACCUGGGAUAACCUGAGUCUGUGCCCCUCGAAGCUGUCCAAACCUGGGCUCCUGGAGCUUUCCCCAGUACAUCUUAAGCAUGGAGGAAUGUACACCUGCCAAGCUCAGCAUGCUCUAGGCUCCCAACACAUUUCCCUGAGCCUGUAUCUGCAGCGCAGCGCAACUUUAUCUGAAAUGACUAUGGGGGCCUUUGUGGGUGCAGGCGCCACAGUCCUCCUCUUCCUGUUUUGCUGCAUCGUCGUGCUGGCGCUAAGAUCCUGUAGGAGGAGACCAGCCAGGCCAGCUACGGGAACUCCGGGUUCAAAUGCCCUCAAGGGCUCAGUUUCUCAGAGUCCCCUGGUUGAACACCAGGCAGGUGGCAGCUCUGAACUCCUGCCUCCCACAGCUGAGGCGGCCCCCUCAUCCACAGAGGAAGAGGUACAUUAUGCUUCCCUCAACUUUCAUGAGAUGCAGCCCAGGAAUCCACAGGGGACACAGGACGCCACUGAGUACUCGGAGAUAAAGUUCCACAAGUGACCUGCAUAGCCGUGACCAUGGCUGGAGGGAGCACAGCUGUCACAAGGUGACCGUGACACCAGAUCCCGGCUGACUCUGGAGAAGCACUGAGUCCGCUGGGUCAAUGCCCUGCACAGGACUUCAGAGCCGUUCGUUCCUCUUAUCACACGGGAGCUCUGCUAAUGCUCGUGCCCUGCACCCCCGUCUACCCAAUCCUCAGGCUCUGGCAACCACUAUUGUGCCCAGGAAACCAUAAGCUUGACUUUCUUUUAAUUGUAUAUGUGUGGAUGUUCAGCGUGCUUGUAUAUCUGUGUACCACUUACAUGCCUGGUGCCUGCAGAGGUCAUCAGAUCUCAUGGACUGGAGUUACAGAGGGUUGCAAGCUGUCGCAUGUGCACUGGGAAAUAAAUCCAUGUCCUCUGCAAGAGUAGCCAGUGCUCUUAACCAGUGAGCCAUCUCUCCAAUCCCAAGAUUGGUUUUUAGAUUUAACUUUUAUUUAAAAAUUCGCAUGUAUUGUUUACAGUGUGCUGUGUUUUGUGACAAUAUUUUCUUCCAAGAGUAUCAUGUACUUUGACUUGUACAUCCCUGUUACUUUCUCCUGUCUGUCUUCUGUUAGUUGCUAGUCCCCUUUCUCUAUCCAAACAACCCCCUUUCUAGUUUCAUGCUGUAUGUAUUAGUCUCCUUUCUUAUUUUUGUUGACAGAAACAUGAAGGGUGGAGAGGCUUUA